AUAGUUGUAAAAAUUGAUCUGAAAAGUAUUUAGAAGUAAAGUUAUUAAUUAAUUGAUGGUUUGUUGAUGCAAUACGGCUGAUGCUCCGCUGGACAAAGUGUUUAUAGAAGCCUGCGAAAAAUUGCAAAACAAGCGUCGAUCCGAUCGUCGUUAUUUAAUACAAACGAAAAAUCGUGUGGAGAUCAUCGUGUUGGUGCUCGGGGACAUAUUUUGAGAAAAUUUGAUUUAAUAAAUUGCUGUUGAAAAAUGGUGCGUCGUCGCGCUACCAAAGUUGCAGCGCUUACUGGCGGAGGUGCGCGAAGCGCCAAUAGUAAUUUGUUAGAAAAUGGUGAACUCAAAUCUACGGUUGGUUGUACACAUUUGGACGAACAAUACUUUGCCAGUCCUAAACGCAAAGACUGUAAAAUUGAUAACUGCUUGAUGGAAAAGCUCGGUAAUAAAGAACAUCAGUCCGAAAAAGAAGUGAAAACACACGGAAAAACUAAAUCAUCGUCAUCAGCAACUGGCAAGGUUCGAGCCGAAAGAGGAGGUAUUGCAGGCCGUACGAUUGGUGUGCCUUUGGCCACUCGUUCACAAACACGUACAAUAGAAAAUUUUUUCAAAGCUAAAACUGCUGCCAAUAAUGCUAAAUUAGAAGAGACUUCCGUUACAAGAACUGAAAGCAUAAGCUGCACAGAAAACGAAGAAUACUUGUAUGAUGAGUUGCCCCACUACAAUAAUAUUCAGCCAUCAACACCAGAUACACCAUGCGAACUUGACGAAGACACAAAUGAUAGUGAAUUUUGUUCACAGCUGACAGAGGAGACAGUAUUCGGCAGUGAUUUUCUUACACAUCGCUCACAAUUACGUGACAGCCACUCGUCAACUGGCAGUGCAUGUACAAAUAUCAGCAACUCGGAAAACAUAUUUCUACAAGAACCCGUACUAACUUUGAAUGUCGACAAAACGCCAAAUCAAGCGUCAUCCAUAAAGAUAAAUACGUCACUAGAGGUGGAGCCGAUCUUUUCAUCACCACCCGCACUUACGUCUGCACUUAAUGGGCGUUUCAAUCAAAUUGUGACACUCAACAUUUCGCCGUGCAAGAAACUUAACACAUUCUCUUGUGAAGCACCAAAUAUGGCCAUUGUAGGCUUACAUGAGGAUGAUUUGGUAGAAGAGUUAUUACCUGAACAGGAAAAAGAACAAGACAUUGAGAAUGAUAAUGACAAUAGUUCUUGCGAUAGUGGUGUUGCUUUUACUACCACAGUAAAUAGAGAUAUGCUGUUGACAGAACAAAAUGACAAGAUCGUGUCAGUGGCGACGGAUAAUGGCAAUAAGCAUAGAAGAAAACCAGCAACACCACAUCGUAUUGUAUGUCCUUCACCAAUUAAAACUAUGCCACCUAUGAUCUCACCUAUGCGUGCUGCUGUGAACGGUAGAAUCUCGUCACCAUCAGGACGUAAACUUAACAAAGAACAUUUAUCGCCGCGGAAAUCCCCACGUAAAAUGGCGUCUGCCAAUUCUAAAACACGUCGAAGGCUGAACACACCAAAAGAGCUUAGCGCACUAAAUAACACCGAGGAAGCAGUUAAGUUGUUACCUGAGGAAUGUGCAGUCGCUGUGAAUUAUAAUGAGCCAACUAAGUUUAUACAACAUGAGAUCAACGAUUGCGAGAAACGUGAACAACAACAACAACAAAAAUGCGCCACAAUAAUGAAUACAUUGAAACAACCACAAAAACUAGUGGCACCAAAAUCACAUGUGGUCAAAAUGCAAACACACAAAUCGAAAUUGGUGAACGGUCGACCACUUGCCACAACAAAUAACAAUCACUCCUUAAAAGAAUGCUUCCCCGUGCGUCGUAGUGUACGCAAAACUAAAACUGCCGUUAAUGAAGAGAUCAUGCGCAAUCUGGAGCGGGCUAUUCUCGAAGAACGCGCCGAUGGACUGAAGGUGGCACAUUUUGAGGGCAAAGGUCGCGGUGUUGUAGCCGAACGACACUUUCAACGCGGUGAAUUCGUUGUGGAGUAUAUUGGUGAUCUUAUACCGUUGACCGAGGCGAGUGCGCGCGAGAAGCGUUAUGCAUUGGACGAGAACGCAGGCUGUUACAUGUACUAUUUUCGGCAUCAAAAUCAACAGUAUUGCAUUGAUGCAACUGCGGAUACCGGUAAAUUGGGACGACUUGUGAAUCAUUCACGUAAUGGCAAUCUCAUUACAAAAGUGGUCGUGGUAAAGCAACGGCCACACCUGAUAUUAGUAGCAAAAGAUGACAUAGAGCCGGGCGAAGAAUUAACCUACGAUUAUGGUGAUCGUUCCAAAGAAUCGCUACUGCAUCAUCCUUGGCUGGCUUUCUAGAAACGUCGUGGUCCAGUUGAUGGCGUCGUGAGGAGGCUAAACCCUUUAUAUAUGUAUUUAGCAUGACAGAUGAAAACAAAUCAAGUGCUUAACGAUGAAAGUCGUAGCGACUUAAUACAGAGUUAACUGUCAAUAAGGCUAGUUAAAAUUAAUCAAAAAAUGACUUCUUAAACGUGUGCUUGACCGUGUGCGCGCUUGUGUGGGCUGAUCGUCAGCGCGACAUUUAAUGGCUCAACUGCAGCUCAGUUGCAAAAACAAAUUAAGGAAUAGUAUAGUGAAAAAAGAGUUCUAAUACAAAAUACCUUUUAUUAGAAAGCAUAUAACAUACACAUAUAUAUAUAUAUAUUUAAUAAUAAUAACAAUACGAUUUAUAGUAACAUUAAUAUUUUAUAGACUUCUUUCGGUAAUUGUUAAUGCUUUAUUAGUGAUAAGCGAAAACAACAAAAAGAAAUUAAGAGAAAACAAAAACAAACAAAACAAGAUGGCGUACGCACAGUGUGACAACGUGACAUGACGAACAUCUUGUAACAGAAUUUUGGCUGACUUCACUUUGUGCCCACCUGAAGGGUAGUUAUGGAAAAGUAAAUAAAAUACUGAAUUAAAAAAAAAAAAUUAAAUAAUUUUUUGUUAAAUUUCGUGUGAAGCAAAACUUUAAAAUCGAAUACAUUUGUUACAAUUAAGACAAACAAAAGGCUAGUAAAAUUUGUUUAAUUACUUCAAAAUAUCUGCAGUUAACUUAUUCAAUAUAUAAAACUAAAAACAAAACAAAAAAAAUUAUUUAACUAACACCUAAAUCGUUACACUGUGCCAUUCUUGUUUUUUCCUAUAAUUCUACAACUGAAUUGUGUUCAAAUUGCAUUGAGCCGGAAUAUAUUUAUGCAUAUAUGAUGGCUACGAUGUCAGCUGCAUACGAUAACCAAAUCACUUUAGGAAUUUGCGACAUUUUUUGUAGCAACACGCAAAAUUUUCUUUAAAAUGUGCCACAAAUCAAAAUUUCACGUGCAAAAAUGACAUAAUAAAUUGUUUUCCAUUUCAAUUAAAAGAAAGAUAACCAUAAAUUGUAACGCCCUCUGCGAACAAAAGUUAGCAAAACAUUUAUAUUUAAACAUAAAUACACACCCUAUAUCUAAAGCAAUUUGCAUAAAUGUAAAUAAUUUUAAGAAGGUGCAUGUUAUCAUAUUUAAAAUGCCUUAGCAUUAUUGAAACAUUAUUAUUGUAUAAUUUGCAAAUUUCUAUACUUUCACACAAAAACAAGCAAGAACACAUGCAAACACACUCCUUCAAUGAUUAAUUACACAACAUUAUUCCUAGAUACACUUUAACUUAAAAUAUAGUUAACAAUUUGUAAGCGAACAUAGCGGUUAUAAGCAACAAAAUAAGUAAAAAUUAGUUAUAGCCAGGGUUUCAAAUUUUUUAAUAAAAAUUUUUUGGAUAAAAAAUCAGAUUUUAAACUUUUAAUACCAACAUUUUGGGUUAACAAUUCAAUUUCAAUAUUCAAUACCAAUUUUGGGGUUAGAUUUCGAAUUUUUAAUCGAAAAUGUUGGUACUAAAAAUUAAAAUUUUAAUUCUGAUUUUUAUUUUUUUUUUCAAUCCUGUAUUUGAAAUUAAAUGUUUUUUACGUUUCAAUAUUUUGGUAUUUCUGCUUAAAAAAUAAAAACAAAAAUAUAUUUGCUAAGACUUUCGGCAUUACGAAAUAAAAAUAAUUAAAUUCGAAUGUUAAUUAAAUUAUUUGUUAAUGUAUUAUGAACAACCCUGGUUAUAACUCAAUAAUAAUACUGAAAUGGUCAACGCAAAGUAGCCUAAAUUAUGUUAAUAAGUUUGCAUAAUAAUUGAAAGCCCAUCGAAUUGGUGUUAAAAGCUCCGUGGCCGAGACAGAACAUUACUUUAGUAUAUAUGUAUAUGCGUAGUUAAAAAGAAAAUCUUUUAUAAAUGACAAA